AUGCUACAAGAUGUAUUUGGAAAAUGUGGAUUAAACUCUGGUACAUCGAAGGACUCGAUAGGCAAAGCGUUUAGAACCCUUGAAGGAACAUAUGUAAGUAAACAGAAUGGCAUUUAUACAGUCUCACAUGAUACAUUUUUUGACUUUUUGGUUUAUUACUUCGGACAGAAAAUGUGUCAAUGUUUAAUUGAACAUGGCAAUAGCAAUUUAAUACGUGAACGUUUUAAAUGGGGAAAGUCAACCAAGUUUGGUAAUAUAGAAUUUAUUACAGUGAUACCAGAUCACCACACAUUGAAACUUUUUAUGGACAGGCUUAUCAGAGACUGGAUCGAGGGCAAAGUGAGUAAUGUGUUUCAUAAUAUUAAUUUGCAAUUUACCGACUUCAGAGUACAAUUUGUCCAGUAUUUAGAACAACUUGAUAAACAUUAUCAGGUCAAAUUGGCCAACAGGAAGGAUACCAUGUGUCUAGAAGGGGACUGUUCUUCCGGUACAUACCCCUUGAUAGACGUUUGUUAUCAUGGCUAUGAUGAUUUACUUCAGUGGCUUCUAAAUAAUUCUGUAGAUGUGAACAAGAGUAGAGACGACGGUGUUACUCCACUAAUUAUGGCAUCAUGUUAUGGUAUUUUAGAAACUGUGAUCAAAUUAUUAAAGCAAAAUCCAGACGUCAAUCUCUGCAAUGUGGAAAAUGUAACUGCAUUGUACAUUGCAUGUCAGAAUAGUCAUAUUUUAGUCGUAGAACAACUACUGAAAAUUGAGGAUAUCAACGUCGAUUUUUGUAAUAACCAUGGACAGUCACCUCUGUUUAUUGCUUGCCAAAGAGGUUUGACAGCUAUUGUAAACAACUUAUUACAGAAAAGUCCAAACGUAAAUCAAUGUAGUCCAUUUGGAUUAAAUCCACUACACAUUGCAUGCUUCUUAUGGUACACUGACGUCGUUUCUCUCUUAUUGGCGGCAAAAAAUGUAAAUAUUGAUGUAAAUGCACGUGACGCAGAUGGUAGUACGCCUCUUGUUUUUGCAUGUUUUAAAAACUACACAGAAAUAUCUUCAUUACUAAUAAGUGCUGGAGCAGACGUUAACAUUAAGGCGUUUAGUGGUGCUAGUGCGUUGUGUUUUGCAAUAGGACAUGGUAACAUUGAAACAACUAGUCUACUGCUUGAAAACAGUGCAUCUUUGCAGACAGGUUUUAAAAACAGGGAGCAAGUAAUGGAUGCACUGUCACAAAAUUCAGAAAGAACAUUAAAUGAAGUACAGGAGGAAAUACGACAUUUUUGUGUCACGUAUGCUUCCCAAAGAGUAAGAGAUUAUGUACGUGAGAUGUCAGGAGAAUACUGCUUAGAUGCAAUGAUCGAUUCAUCGCCAUUGCAUAUCGCUUGUUUCAUGGGUCACACAAACAUAGUAGAGUGUCUUCUUAAUUUAGAGGCCUAUAUCGACUUUACAAAGGAAGAUGGAACAACUCCAUUAUUUUUUGCCAGUGAAUUAGGACAUGCAGAAAUAGUGCGUUUAUUGUUAGAUAAAAGGGCAAAUGUCACAAUUCGACGACAGGAUGGAAAAUCAGCACUGGACAUUGCAGAAUAUAAUGGCCACCAGUCUAUAGUGGCGAUGCUGAUGGAUAUCGGAGCAGAUUGA